AUGGAUCAGAUCACGAGUACCGUCAACACCUACGUGGUUCCUCUCUUUGCUGGUGAGCAAGGAAAGCGUCUUAUUCAGCAACACCGGACAUCGAUUGCUGCAGCUGUAGCCUUGGUCAGCACCUACGCCAUUUUCAGAUCCGUCACACAAGUGCCUCAUCAACUCAAGCAUUUGCCCCACCUUGGAUUUUUCGAUUACAUCAAAGCUGUCGUUGCCGGUAAAACGACCGGUGAUAUCGCUCAUGAACUUACAAUCCCUAUUGCCAUGCAAUCCAAGAGUGGUCUCUAUGUUCGAUUCGACAGAGACGGUUGGUCAGUGCACAUUGUCGAUCCUGGAGCAGCCAAAAAGUUCCUAUUCAAAAUAGACAUCUUCCCUAAGACUGAACAUGCAGUACAAGACGGCCAGCUUAUUGGUCGUGUCAUGGGAACGCGACAUAUUGCCAUUCUCAAUGGUCACGAAUGGAAGACUCAUCGCAAGGUGGCUAAUCCUGCAUUCCAUCGAGCGAUGCCUAUCAACAUUUUCGGUCAAGUCACCCACAGGUUGUUCAAGGUGAUGGAUGAUCAAUUGCAAUCCGGCCCAAUCGAAGUCCAUAGUCAAAUGACAAGAUGGACCCUUGAUGCCCUUGGCUUGUUCGCAUUUGAUUUCGAUUUUAAUGCUAUUCAAGACAACGACAAUGAAUGGGUUUCUCGUUACAACACGGUCAUGACUUCCGCCUUUGAAGUUCCCUAUCUCGUGUUCCCGAGCUUGGAUACUUGGCUUCUUCCAUUCAACCCAUCACGUAAGCACAAGCAUGCCGAAGCUGACAAGUUGCUUGGUAUGAUCGAUCAAAUCAUCCUUGAGAAACGCAAGACUCUGCAAAACAAGUCAUCCACCACAGCCGAGAAACAAGAUGAAGAAAAGGAUUUGCUCACAAUGAUGAUCGAAGCUGAGAAUUCAGGCGAAGGCGUCCUUACCAACCAAGAGCUUCGUAAUAAUGUUGUCGUGUUUCUUAUCGCUGGUCACGACACAACAGCAAAUGCUUUGGCCACGUUGAUCUACGAGUUAGCCGUGAAUCAGGAUGUGCAAACCAAAGCUCGCCAAGAGGCAAUUCGAACACUGGGCGAAGCACCUGAGAAUAUAGUGCCCACUGCCGAACAAACACGUGAUAUGACAUACAUCAACAUGAUCAUCAAAGAGAAUCUCAGAAUACAUCCUCCAGCACCAGGUACCGCAACUCGUAUCACGCAAGAAGACACAGAGCUCGCAGGAGAAUUUAUCCCCAAAGGCACUCCCGUGGUCUUGGACAUUCAUGAGAUGCACCAUAACCCCAACAUAUGGUCCAACCCUGAAGAAUUCAAACCUGAAAGAUUUGCAUCCGGCGGAGAAGCUGAGCAACUUGCAAGAAGAGGCAUAGCUUGGUUGACAUUCAGUAACGGCGCUAGACAAUGCCUAGGUAUGAACUUUAGCUUGACAGAACAGCGUGUCUUGUUGCCCAUGUUAUUGAGAAAAUACGAGUGGCAUCUUCCAGAGAACUCUAUUCACAAAGACAGAUUGGUUACCGGAGGAUUAUCAUUAGUCACUAGCCCAAAGGAUCUUCAAGUUGUGUUUAAGCGUCGCUAUUAA